AAAUGCAUCUUCCAAAAUGUACUCUACUGUUGAUAUUUGGGGUGUCUGCCUCACUCGGCAUCUCCCCGAAGUUCCUCCCGUGUGAUGAUGAAAAAAACGCCACAAUUGUGAGAUGUAGCGGACGGAAGCUCAAGCAUGUCCCUCUGAUCACAUCAGACCGAGUCAUUGCAUACGACCUGUCCUUCAAUAAACUGAGACAUCUGACCAAAAGAACGUUUGCCGGUGUGCCAAAUUUGGAAAAGCUUAAUUUGAGUAACAACUGCCAGCCAACCAACCUGAGACCGGACAAAGGGAAGUGCUGGGUGAUCAUUGAUCCUGAUGCAUUGAUUGGUCUGAAGCAUCUAGAGGACCUGGACCUGAGUGGGAACAGUCUGACCACAAUUCCUCCUUUACCAGAAAACAUUAAACACUUAAAUCUUAAUCUCAACAACAUUGACACACUGUCGGAGAGAGAUUUUGCCGGAUUAACCAUACUGACCUUGUUAGACGUAGGAUGGAACUGUUAUUACAGGAACACGUGUGCCAGAGAGUUCAGUAUCACAGAAGGUGCUCUCAGAGAUGUCACCUCCCUGGAAAUAUUGGUGCUUUCCUUUAAUAACAUAAGUUCCUUCCCCAGGAACCUUCCUUCAUCUCUCACAGAAUUAUAUCUAGCAGAAAAUAAGAUCUGGAAGAUUGACAAAGAGGACCUGUGCCACCUCACCAAGCUCCAGAAACUGGAUGUACAGUGGAAUUGCGCAAGGUGUGACCAUGCCGCCCAGCCUUGCUUUCCCUGCCAAAACGACAGCGCCUUGCAGCUUCGGCCUGGAGCUUUUGACUGCCUCACCAACCUCUCCGACCUCAACCUCCGAGGAAACUCACUUCCCACCGUGAACAGUUCUCUCUUUGAUAAGUUGAGCUGCUUGACCCGUUUAGAUUUAUCUGAUAACUUGUUAGAUUUAGCAAAGGAAACAUUUUUUUCAAAGUUAAAAAAGGUGCAAAUCUUGGAUGUAGACUUUAACUUUCGAACAGAUCGAAUGUAUGAGAAAUUGGUUAUAAACCCCAGUGCCGCUUCCAUGAAGUCUCUCAAGAAGAUCUCCCUGGUUGGGUACUUCUUCAACAUUCUAGAUUCCAACAGCAUUCAAUCUCUGCUCACAUUGCCAAACCUGAAGGAAAUUUACCUUAGAACAAACUUUAUCCUACAGACCAACCUGAGCAUGCUUUUGUUAAACAAGAACAUUCGCAGAGUUGAUUUGGCGGGAAAUCUGAUCUCUUUCCAACAGAGCUGCGAAAAAAAAAAGAAUGAAUUCUCACCCUACUUUUUCAGUCAACAGAAAAAAAAACGUGAGGAUUACAUUGCUGGUUGGGUGGACUUUCAACAUGAUAUAAAAGAACAACGUGAGGAUUACUUUGAUGGUUGGGUGGACCUUCAACAUGAUAUAAAAGAACAACGUGAUUACUUUGAUGGUUGGGUGGACCUUCAACAUGAUAUAAAAGAACAACGUGAGGAUUACUUUGAUGGUUGGGUGGACCUUCAACAUGAUAUAAAAGAACAACAUGAGGAUUACUUUGAUGGUUGGGUGGACCUUCAACAUGAUACAAAAAAACAUGAGGAUACUACAAAAGAAAGUCCAAACUGCUGGCAUUAUAAACGGUCAGUUGACUUAUCAUUUAAUAAUCUGAUGGCUCUUAGCUCAGAUGACUUUGUUGGAAUGGAGGACGUCGAAUGCCUGAACAUGAGCUACAACUACAUUAACAAACGUCUGGAUGGUAAUCAGUUUGGGCAUCUGAAGUCGCUACGACAUUUGGAUCUCUCGUACAACAGAUUUGACUUGUACUAUUACUUGGCUUUUAGUGAACUACCAAACCUCAGGGUAUUAAAUCUGGCCCAUAAUGAAUAUCAGUUCAUGCUUAAAGGUGUCAACCACAAUCUCAAUUUUCUUGAAAAUCUCACCAAUCUGAUCGAACUGAAUCUGAACCAUAAUAUGAUUGGCUUGCGUAUAACAGAAGAGCUUAAGAACCCCUCACUGGAGAGACUUUUUUUCAGGCAUAACGAGUUGAUGAAUGUGUGGGAAUAUGGUAAACAGACGUACAUUACUCUGUUUACCAACUUCACCCGUCUGAAGUUACUGGACAUCAGCUACAAUAAGCUAGCGGUCAUCCCAGUAAAAGUUUUGGAACGUUUUCCUUUGUCGCUUGAAACUCUCAUAAUCUCUCACAAUAAUUUGUAUUCCUUCCACUGGGAGAAGAUCACCUAUCUAGUCAAUCUUACCCACCUGGAUCUCAGUCAUAACUCCCUGAAAUCUCUUCAUAGCAACAUGACCACCAUCAGAAGCAAGCUCACCUACUUAAAUCUGAAAUUGAACAAAAUUACAUCUGUAAACAAAGAAUUUUUUGAAUUGUUUCUGGAGCUCAAGUCCCUGUACCUAGGUGGAAACCGGAUUCAAACCAUAGACGUGAACAGUUUCCCAAAGAAGCUCCUCCAAACUUUACAAUACUUAGAUGUGCAGAAAAACCCGUUUGACUGUACUUGUCACACCAGUUGGUUCACCCAUUUCCUGAUGGAGACAAAGAUCACAGUUCCCGGCCUUGCCACCAAAAUGAGAUGCGAUUCACCGGACAGCAUGAGAGGUAAGCUUCUACUCUCGAUGAACCUGGAGUCAUGUCAAGACUUGUAUGGUCGAAAACUCUUUUUAUGUUCCACUUUUCUAGUGAUUUCCUGGUUGCUGGUUACCCUAACCUUAAAGCUUUUUUCAUGGGACUUGUGGUAUCUGAGUCAGGUGCUUUUAGCAUCCAUCAGAUGUUAUUCAAAGCUACCAGGACAGUCAACGGAGGAGUAUGAUGCCUUCGUAGUGUUUAAUACAAAGGAUGAGGCCAUAACUGACUGGGUCUACCAUGAGCUUUUGGUGCAGUUGGAAGGUCAUGAAAUGGGCAGUUUUAACUUAUGCCUGGAAGACAGAGAUUGGCUAGCUGGAAAAUCGAGCAUUGAGAACCUUUAUGAUGCCAUAUAUAAAAGCAAGAGAACGAUCUUCAUUCUUGAUUGUGAAGGAUUUAGUACUGGUGUCCUCUGCCAUGCCUUCUUAAUGUCCCAUCAAAGACUACUGGAUGAGAAGAAGGAUGUGUUGGUUCUGGUGAUUCUUGAUCACCGGAUGAGAAUGUCUCCAUAUUUACUGACCAGGAAAAGGAUUUGUCCAAAAACAUUCAUGACCUGGCCAAGGAACGUCAAAGCACACGGCUACUUCUGGCACCGCCUGAGGGUCCUCCUAAGACAAGACAGUCAACACUACUAUGACCCUCGUCUCCAAAAACAGUUAAACCAGUAGGUCCGAUAUCCAGCUUUGUCUAAGCAAUUCGCCAAGUGAAAUAUACAAGAUGUGAACCACCGAUAGAGCUUCAUUUUUUAUCUAGUACAGUUUUAAAAAGCUUCUCUGGACACCCUUUGAGCUGGAAAGAUGAACAGUGCCUUGAAAAAGUAUUCAUACCCCUUGAAAAUGUCCACAUUUUGUCAAGAUACAACC